AUGACGCUCAAGUCCAUGAGGCUUGUCCCAGUAUGGGUGGCCCUAAUUGUUUUCAUCACCCUCGCUAUGUAUGCGCUGCAAAAUACCGAUCAGCAUCAAAUACGUCUUGGAGGUUACCGACAGAAAGCACAACAAUCACAACAACCACAGUCCGAGCUGCCAACCAAACCACAGGCGCCGCAGCCGUCGCGAGAAACUCAAGUCGCCCACCGCGUCGAUCCCGAAUGCGCCGACUUCCCCGACACGUCCAACGUAUUAAUUCUACUGAAAACGGGCGCCUCCGAGAUUUAUCGAAGAAUCCCCAUGCAUUACAUGUCCAUGCUCAAGUGCAUGCCUGACAAUGUUUUGCUCUUUAGCGACUUGGCCCAAACAGUGGGUGGACACGUCGUCUACGACAGUCUGGACAAUGUGUUGCCCGCUGUCAAACAGCACAACAACGACUUUCUGCUAUACCAUCGCCAACAGCAGUGCCAUAUUUCGCGCGAAGAGUGCAACAAGAAUUACGAUACUGGCUCUGAGGGCUGGAACCUCGACAAGUAUAAGAAUUCGCACAUUGCGGAGAAGGCCUGGAAAAUGCACCCAAAUUACGACUGGUACUUCUACAUCGAUGCCGAUACCUAUGUCAGCUGGCGAAACUUGAUGUCCUGGCUUAAGAACGUCGACCCGACCAAGCCGCAUUACAUUGGAGGCAUCCAGCGUUCCGGCUACUUCCCCUUUGCCCAUGGCGGUACUGGCUAUCUCCUAUCGCAAGCUACGAUGCGCGACCUCUUUACCAAGGAACCUAAACUUGGAAACAAGUGGGACGAACGUGUUUCCCAUCACUGCUGCGGUGAUAUUAUGUGGGCUGAGAUAAUGGUGAACGAGACCGGACUGGAACCGGAAGAGAUGUUCCCAGCACUGAAUCCCAAAAAGGCAAACACGGUCAAAUAUAGUGACAAGCAAUGGUGCCAGCCUAUCAUCACCCUACACAAGCUACUAACUGAAGACGUCGACCUCAUGUACACGUUUGAGAACGACGUUGUCAAGUCUGGCAACGCAUUGAAGUUCAGGGAUCUCUACAAUCACUUUGUCAAGGACAACUUGCGCGAGGUAUUGGCUGAUUGGGAUAAUGCGAGCGAUGAUGAGUUCUACAUUGAUCCAAAAAUCAACCCCGACGACAGAAAUCAAGACGAGUGGCGAGAGCUGCCAAACCGCGUAAAGAAGGACAACUUAUCGCCUGUCGAAAAAGAGGCUUGGAAGAGCCAUACCAACUGUAAGAAGGCUUGUGAGUCUCACGACGACUGCCUUCAGUGGCGUUAUCUGAACGGCGUCUGCGGCAUUGGCCGAGAGAUUUUAUAUGGCGUGUCAGCCAAGAAGGAGGAUGACAACGCCAAGCGCACAUAUAGCGGCUGGAGGCUUGAAACGAUCAAGAAGUUUGUUGACAAGCAAGCGAGCUGCGACAAGCCUUGGGAUUGGCCAGUAAAGGACCUUUAA